GAGGGGAGACAAUAACUGUCGAACCCUCCCCAGUUCUACUCGUAAUCUGUGUCAAAUCAGGAUACAAUCAUAUCAGCUCAGUAUAAGUGGGUCCCACAAACCAGUCUGACGUGCUAUAUUAUGAUUGGCACAGUAUACUCCAGUUCCCUUAGAAGAUUGGAACUGCCAUGCCUGUCAUAUGAACCUGAUCACUCUACAGUUCUGAAGUCUUAAGAGCCUAGUCAGAGGAAAUCAAACUCUAUUACCUUCAAGUGGAGUUUUAAUCCUGGAUCUACCUCUCUGGCAGUCUCUUCUUAAUUCAAUAAUCUGAGCAUGUUUUCAAGGUUUUUACGCUCCUGAGGUCUGGCUGUUUUCUAAGUGUAAAGACCUGAACUUAUAAAGGAAAAUAAGUAUGAAGUUCAGAAAGGAGUUUUCAGAACAAAUGGUAACCGAGUGGCAAGAAGCUUAUGUGGACUACAAUGGUCUCAGGAGAUUACUAAAAGAGAUCAUGCAUUUCGAGCAGAAGAAGAAGCCUGCAACACACCCUGAAGGCUCACAGAACAGGAUUCACAGGGCCUUCAGUAGACUAACGUAUAGAGGUAGCAACCUCAAGAGCUCCCAUGGGGAUGUUGAAAAUCAAGAGAUAGAUGCUGGUGAUGUGCAGAGAGAUGAUUCAAAAAGAUACUACGAAACCAGAUUUCUCAUGCCAGCAGAUGCAAGUGAGCAUGAGAUUAUGUUCUUCAGGAAACUUAAUGAUGAAUUCAACAAGGUCAACAUGUUUUACAAGGAUAAAGUAAAGGAGGUGAUGGAUGAAGCAUCUUUGCUCCAUAAGCAGAUGGAUGCAUUAAUUGCCUUGAGGAUAAAGGUGAAAAAUCCAGAUUCCAGUGACUCUAAUACAAUAAAACAUCUUAAAUCAGAUGUUUCUGCAAUGGAGUUGUCAAAAGUUUCAACGCCAUACAGUGACAGAAAACCAGGUUUCUCUAAGUGUGCAGAAAGAGAGCCAAUGGAUUUAAUACAUGAGGAGAUGAAAAGUAGAGGUCAGAUGGAAGAACAUACAGAAGAUGCAUGCAAUAAGAAAUUGAACACUGGUAACUAUGGACCUGCACCAGAAAUCCUCAGGCGUGUAAAGAUUAAAAACACUCGUGAAACUCCGCUUUCAACCAUUAAAGGCGUACUCAAGGAUUCUGAAGAGGAGGAGUUGAGUUACAAAAAGGAGGAGUUGAGGCAAGUUGAAGAAAGACUGAAAAUUGCAUUUACUGAAUUCUACCAAAAGCUUCUUCUUCUAAAGCGCUUCAACUAUAUGAACUUAUUAGCAUUCUCCAAGAUCAUCAAGAAACAUGACAAGAUCACAUCAAGGAAUGCAUCAAGGCCAUACUUAGAAACUCUCGACCACUCUUACAUUGGCAGCUCAGAUGAGGUUCUUGCUCUCUUGGAGAGGGUGGAAGGUACCUUCAUCAAAUACUUCUCAAACUCAAACCCAAGAAAAGGAUUAAAGUCCUUGAGACCAAAAGCAAGGAGAGAAAAGCAUAKGAUAACAUUCUUUUCAGGAUUCUUAUCCGGUUGCACACUUGCCCUCGUAGUGGCUCUUUGUUUGAUUAUACAUUCUAGAAAUCUAAUCGAUAGAAAGGAAGAAGGUUCUUUGUACAUGGAAAAUAUGUUUCCACUUUACAGCUUAUUUGCCUUCAUCGUCCUGCAUAUGCUCUUGUAUGCUGCCAACAUAUAUUUCUGGAGGCGUUACCGAGUCAACUAUCGAUUUAUAUUUGAUUUCAAGCAAGGAACAGAGUUGGGUCACCGAGAAGUAUUCCUUCUCAGUGCAGGUCUUGCAGUACUAUCACUGGCUACUGCCAUUGCAAAUUUGGACAUGGAGAUGGACUCAAAAACCCAAAAUUACAAGGAACUUACAGAACUUGUUCCUUUGGGAUUACUUGUUGUUCUACUUGCUAUAAUGUUCUGUCCUUUCAACAUCAUAUAUCGUUCAAGUCGCUUCUUCUUAAUCAAAUGCCUAUUUCGCUGUAUUUGUGCUCCACUAUACAAGGUUACCCUCCCUGACCAUUUCAUGGCAGACCAGCUAACUAGCCAGAUCCAAGCCAUUAGGAGCAUUGAGUUCUAUAUCUGCUACUAUGGUUGGGGAGACUUCUCCAGAAGACAGAACAAAUGCCACAGUCGAAAGAUCUAUAACUUUUUCUAUUUCAUUGUAGCAGUUAUCCCAUAUUGGUCCCGCUUCUUGCAAUGCCUACGGCGGUUGUUUGAAGAAAAACAUGCAGUACAUGGGUACAAUGGCCUGAGAUACUUCAUUACACUUGUUGCAAUGGUCUUGAGGACAGCUUAUGAACUGAAGAAGGGUAUAAAUUGGAGGGUGAUGGCUGCCAUAAGUUAUGCCAUUGCAACAUCCUUGAAUACAUAUUGGGAUAUUGUUAUGGACUGGGGGCUUCUGCGGUGGCGUUCAAAAAACCGUUGGUUAAGAGACAAGCUUCUUGUCCCAUACAAAAGUGUCUACUUCAUAGCCAUGGCUGUCAAUAUCUUGCUGAGAUUUGCCUGGAUGCAACAGGUUUUUGAAUUUCAAAUUCCUAAUCUGCAUCACAGAGCUGUAGUGGCAAUAGUUAACUGCCUAGAGAUCCUUCGUCGUGGAAAUUGGAAUUUCUUCUGGUUGGAAAAUGAGCACUUGAAUAAUGUGGGCAAGUAUCGUGCAUUCAAAUCAGUCCCACUCCCUUUCAAUUACUAUGAUGAGGAUCAGGGCAAGGAUGACUAGGAAUGAUUAGAAUCUUAUGGCUAACAAAAACCAAAGACAAUAAGAUAUAGUUUUGUUUCAAUUUCCCUUUCAGGUCAUGUGUUAUAGUUGAUAGGUACAAUGAAUGUCUAGACAUAUAUC